AUGUCUUCAAGCGACUCCAGCCCAGGGAACUGGAUUACGGGCAGCUACACAGGCAAUAGCAUUGGCGUCCGUAUCACAAUCGCAACAUUCAUCGGCGUCGCAUGGUACAACGUGAUCGAGCUAGUCGUGCUCAUCUUCCUAACCUUCAAACGCUAUGAAGGCCCCUAUUUCUGGAGUAUGUUGAUAGCCAGCAUUGGAAUUCUGCCGUAUUCCGUUGGCUACCUGCUCAAAUUCUUCGGCCUGACGUCGGUGGCUUGGGUACCCAUCACACUGUUAACAAUCGGCUGGUGGACAAUGGUAACUGGCCAGUCGUUCGUGCUGUAUUCGCGCCUCCACCUGGUGAUCCAAAAUAUGCAGGUGCUUCGUAUGGUGAAAACCAUGAUCAUCACGAAUAUUUUCCUCCUGCACGUGCCCACGACUGUGCUCACGUACGCGGCUAACUUCUCCCGCUCGUCAGCCUCGGUUACGGGGUACGAUGUCAUGGAGAAGUUGCAGUUGACGGGCUUCUGUGUGCAGGAGGUCAUCAUCUCCGGGUUGUACAUGUGGGAGACGAAUCGUAUGCUGCACUUGAAUCAGGACCAUGUUAGUCGCAAGACUAUCUUGCAGUUGCUCGCCGUCAACGUGUCUUGUAUCCUGAUGGAUAUCGCGUUGAUGAUCAUCGAGUUUAGGGAUUACUAUAUCUAUCAAACGACCCUCAAGGCCACGCUGUACAGCAUCAAGCUGAAACUCGAGAUUGCGGUCCUCGGCAAGCUGGUCAAUAUCGCUCACCAGCAUGUGUGGAGACCGUCGUCUUUCAAUACUACCGGUGGGCAGUACCCGUCUUUCAUUGAUCCAAACCAUGCGUUGCAUGAUUUCAGCCAUGCGGAUUCUUUGGCCACCAGCUCAGGAUCCAAGGGCCAUACGUCUGGAACUGAAGCCAUGGACAGCGACGUUAGAUGA